UGAAAAACCGAACAUCAGACCCCCCCUUCAAGCGGUAUUUUAAUGGGGCUUCACUGGAUCGCUUUUCCGACCCUCGCACGGUCACACAGUCAAGGCCAAGCCAGAAGCUUGGAAAGAAAACGAGGCAGCCGAAGAAGAAGACAACGAAUUCGAAGAUCUGGACGCUUUAUGCCACGCACCAAGAGCAGCACCCCCUAGAUCCAAGAUGAGGCCCAGAACCAGCGUGUCCUUCGCCGGCUGCGGCUUCCUGGGCAUCUACCACGUAGGCGUGGCAGUCUGCCUGCGCCAGCACGCCCCCCAGCUGCUGUUGGAGCGGAUCGGCGGAGCCUCGGCCGGAGCCCUAGCCGCCUGCUGCCUGCUGUGCGACCUGCCGCUGGAGACGAUGGCCGGCGACUUCCUGCGCAUCGUCCAGGAGACGCGCCGCCACUCCCUGGGCGCCUUCAGUCCGUGGUUCAACCUGCCGGAUUGCCUGCUGGAGGGAAUGCAGCGCCGGCUGCCGGACGACGCCCACGAGCGGGUCAGCGGUCGGCUGCACAUCUCCCUCACCCGGGUCAGGGACCGCCGGAACGUGGUCAUGUCGGAAUUCGCCAGUCGCUACGAGCUGCUGCAGGCCCUGCUCUGCUCCUGCUUCAUUCCCGGGCUCUCCGGACUACUGCCGCCCAAGGUGCGCGGAGUCCGCUACAUGGACGGCGCCUUCUCCGACAACCUGCCGCUGCUGGACGAGCACACGGUGACCGUGAGUCCCUUCUGCGGGGAGAGCGACAUCUGUCCCCGGGACCGGAGUCCGCACAUCCUGCAGCUGAACCUGAACUGGGCGAACACCUGCAUCCGGUUGUCCAGACGCAACCUGAGGCGGAUGGUGCGCAUUGUCCUGCCCGGUCGCACGGACUUUAUGGCGUCCUUCUGCCAGCAGGGCUACGACGAUGCCUUGUACUUUCUGCGCAAGAACAAUCUUCUCAAGGACGAGUCGUGCUCUCUGGUGGCUCAGGAGAGGGAGCUCAUGAACUGGAUGCGCCAGCAGGACGAGCCAGAGGCUGCACUGCAGGAGCAGCAGGAUAAUCAGGACGAUCAGGAGGUAAUGGAAGGCAACAGAGCUAUCGAAUACCCAGAGGAGAAGGAGCCAGAGAACCCCAAGGAGGAGCUACUUCAGAAGGACAGGAACAAGGAGGACUAUGCGGAACUGAAACUGGAGAAGGAGAGUCUACACCAAGUGCUGGAGCCGGUGAGGCCGGACCGUCGUCUGGACGACGGCUACUCCCUCUCCCUUCUGACCAGGCCCUGGUACCUCCUGCGCCAGCUCGUGGUUGCCCCGCCGCGGCUGGGAAGGAUCGUGCGCCGCCUCGGCCACAGCCUGACGCUCUGCGACCAGCCGCACUUUGAUCUCGCCAUGAUGCAGGCCUCCACCGGCCGCGCCCACGCCCACGCCCCCUUGACCGAUAGCGCCAGCUCGCGCGAUAAGGGCCGAGUCAAGGCCAGCGGCGGGAGAGCGGUAUUUGGGGAACUGGACUAGCCGGAGGCGGCGGUCGUUAGGCGGUCAGUACUUGGUACUUAGUAUUUUGUGUUUGUGUGUCGGAAUCUCGUUAGUUAAGAGUCUAGUGUUUUAUGUUUACCUGUUAAUGUUAACCUGUUCGAUUAAGUGAUUCUGCAGUAAGUUAGGGUAGCUAGACAUUGUAAGCUUCAAUCGCUGUGACUUUAAUAAAAUUACUGAGGAGAGA